AUGGACACAAUUGACACCACCGAGCUGGCACUGGUCGAGAGACUCGAAUCACGGAGACAACAGCUCAGGGAGGCUGAAGAGGGUUUUAUGGUGGCUGAAGCGGGUCCUAGGGAGGCUGAAGCCGGUCUCGACCUGUAUCGAAGAAAUCAGGAGAUCGAGCGACAGUUCGCCUUGGACCAUGCGUUAGCUCUUACCCUCCAGGAGACGGAGAACCGAGAUCAGCGUCUACGAAACGACGAGGAGGGCGGGGACAGCCUCAGGGAGACCGAUGAUGAAGGCACUGGUCAGCGGACUUGCGUCGCCUGUCUCGAUGACUUCAGCGAACACGAUACGCAUCGCAGCCCCUGUGGCCACGACUGGUGCCGAACCUGUAUCGUCAACCGCUACGACAUGGCCGCCAAGAGCACCCACCUUUUCCCAGCGCAGUGCUGUGACGAGCCCAUCUUGCCCGAUAAUCACGAACUUAUCGCCCCGGAGACCUGGCUUCGGUACUUUCAGAAGAAGACUCAGGUCGAGACGCCGAACCCUACAUUCUGCUCUAGUCGCCACUGCAGCAAGUUCAUCCCACUUCAGCACAUUGACGAGGGCCAAGCCAGACUCGAUGGGUUCCUAGGCAUCCUUGGCCUGGGCCUGUGGAGUCUGUCGGCUUCGACGGCACGGAUGCCUCUGUCGAAGAGACAGCUGUGGAUCACGGAGCUCCUGCAGCUAGACGACGCCCUAGACGGCGCCCUAGACACGCGACGCAAACCAAUUCGGGCUGCGAUGCGCAUAGUUGGCGACGUAUUGGACCUGUCGCCAUACCUCUUGCCGACGGUGCAGAAGAUCUUCAUGCUCUUCUCCAUCAUGGACAUCUGUCUCGACCACUUGGACCUGCAAACGCGCAGUCUCGUCAUCAAAAUACUGAGACAGGAUGCCGACGAGGCCAAGGCCAAGAUGAGGGGCAAGCCAGGCCAGCUUGUUUACGACUCCAAGAUCGCGUUCGAUGCCUACCUGGCUGAUCUCGAGGCUCAGACUGCUUUCCUCUUGGACAAAGCCAUGGCGGAAAGCAUCGCCCAGGCCGUGCACCGCGACGACGACAUCGUCGCUGCAGCUCUGGCCCAGGAGAGACAAGCUGCAAGCGACCGACGGGCAGCCUUGCAGCUCCACGAACAUGGUCGACUUCCACAAAUUCCCCAGCGCUCACAGCCCGCCGAGAACGCAGAAAUCGACGACGAGCUCCGCGCCAAACUUGAGGCUCGAUACAACUUGCCUCCUCGCGACGACAACGAGGACAUAUAUUCAGCAGAUAUCCCCAUCCAGAAUCUGUCCCUACGACCAAAGAAGGUUCGCCCAUGCUUGAUCUGCACCGAAAGCUUCGCCUUUCACGAUCUUGCAAGACUCCCUUGCGCUCAUGAGUACUGUCGCGGAUGUCUCCAGGAGCUUUUCACGAAGUCCCUCACCGACGAAACCUUGUUUCCCGCUCGAUGCUGCAGGAAAAACAUCCCUGUGACUGAAAUUCAGAUUCAAAUCUUCCUCGGCGGCCAGCUGGUGGGAAAAUACCUGGCCAAGAAGGUCGAGAUGGAAACGCCAAACAGAACGUACUGCCACCGGCCGGCCUGCUCCACCUUCGUUCCUCGCCAAGGAAUCAAGAACGACAUCGCAACAUGCCCUAAAUGCCAUGAUAAGACCUGUUCCAUUUGCAAAGCUGCCGCACACAAGGGCACUGACUGCCCCAAAGAUGAGGCAGCUCAGCAGCUCUUGGACCUGGCAAAAGAGCAGGGCUGGAAGCAAUGCUAUGCUUGCAACAAACUCGUCGAGCUCACAGUGGGUUGCAACCACAUGACUUGUCGAUGCGGCGCUCAAUUCUGCUACAUCUGCGGUGCAAUCUGGAAAGAGAAGGGCCAGCCAGGAGCGUGCAGCUGCGAGGUGUUCGACGAAAACACUCUCUACCGCCAGGCCGCACAGGAUGCAGCCCGUGACCCGGGAUUCCACCAGCAGCCCCAAGCUCGACAGCGGCAGAUUGUCCAGCAGCGCCGCGCUCGCAUUGCCCGGAACCACGCCUGCCAGCAUACCGACUGGACCUCGGAGCGCGGUGUCUUCACCUGCCACCAAUGCAACGACGUCAUGCCGAAAUACAUCCUGCAGUGUCGGCGGUGCAACCUGGAGCUCUGCGACCGAUGCAAGCGCAAUCGCUUGAGGUGA